AUGUAUCCUCCCACUCUCUCUUGGAGCCAUGCGGCUUUACUCUUCUUGUCGCUCUCUUCUUUUCAAUUCGGUACUGCCACACCGAUUGACGGCCAGCUCGUUGAGCGCUCGGGCAUAUCCUCCCCGGGUAUCGGCGUCGAGUUCGAGUCUGGGAGCAUCUAUUUCACCAAAGACAUUCACAAACUGUCGAGCAAAGAGGAAGAGGAAAUGAGGCAAGCUGGUAUCGACGCCAAAGGCAAGACUGUUACAUUGAAAUCAGCCAAGGAUGGAAAUGGUGCCAAGCUGUCUGGUAAAGACUGGGAAUUGACAGCGGAUGCCACGGGAAAUACGCUGGGACACCUACCUGCAGAGUAUAUCCUGGACGGGAAAAAAAUAAAGUUGGGAACGGGGAGAGCUGCACUUGCUGCAGAGGAAGUCUAUGAAGAUCUGAAAAAGUGGAACCCAAAGAGCGGCCAGGAGGUCGAAAUCGCCGGCAAUAAGAAGAAUCCUUGGAGUCUCCAGGUGGGCGCGUAUCCUGUGAGCUCAGCCUGGUCUCGUCAGAUCACCGCCCCGAUGCCACUUGGGGCAAUCAACGACCUGAUGAAGCAAGCCAAACUCGGCAAAGGCUCGCCUCUCAUGACAUACUCGAAUACCAAGAUCCGGAGAAAGGUCUGGGUUAAUGAUUUCUUCUUCGAGGAGAAUCCUGGUGGCCUUACCAAAGCCGUUGGCGAAGAUGUUCGCGGAUUCCUUUCGCUUCUUCUCUCCUAUGCAAAGGCUGGCAGCCAGGUCCGGAACAGUGAAAGUGCUAAAGAAUUGACAUCGAUCAUGCCGCGCACAAGUUUUGCGAAAAUGUACAAGCUCAUUGAGGGCAAGCUUGAAAAGAAGGAUCUGUGGACGAUUGUGAACAAGCUUGCUUGCUAUGAGAACCCCAUUGACGAUGCACAUGAAUACGCCGCGGUUGAUGAGCGGUAUUGCUCUGGGCACCCGGGACAGACGACAAUCAACGGGAAGUUUGAAAAAUUGGUGAUAGAUAUCUGCUACGGCUCACAGUCCUGCCCUGUCAAUGUCAAGGCCUGGAUCCAAGGCUUGAAGGACGGCAAAGAUCUGCUCAAAGAUGCCGAUAAAGAAAUGAUCGAUGGUCAAGUUGGAGGGUAUGGAGACUUGACCGAGUAUCGUCUAGAUCAUCCUAAGGAACAACUCGCCCUUUUCGAGUUCCGUGAUCUUCCUUCUUGCUCGGCUUCGGAGUGGAAGAAAUGUUUGGAAAAGGCCGAAAAUGAGAUCGUCAACUAUCACAAGAAGUUUCCCGGAAACUAA